AGACGAAUAGCAGGGAGGCCGGAGGCGCUCUCGAGGUUCGUGGGUGUUCUCAGCCCGGAGCUGGAGAGCCUUUGGAGGCCGUGUACAUAGAAUCGAAGUUUCAUUAUUUUCUCUCUGUAUCGUAACGAGAACCGAUUUACGCGCGAGUGAAAAAGAAGAAAAUGUAUCGCGAGGGAGUGCGCGUUACGUACGCGUCGCCCUAAGUGUCCGUCGUGUUUCACGAACUCGAAAGAUGCUGCCGUGCAAAGCGACGACAAAGGAAGCGCCUUUGCGAAACUGUCAGGAAGAUCGUCGUCGUCGUGGUCGUACGUGAGUCAGUGUACUCGUUGGAUCGAAAGAAGGCACGCACACGUACAAAAUGGCUUCGGGCGACAAUGUGGACGUGAUCGAGGUGGUCGAGACAAGUUUCACUGGGCCGGCACAGGUCACGGAGGAUCAUCUCAGGCCGGAACAGUCCACGGACGAGGACAAUAAAUCUACAGGGGAUAAGGUGACAGCGUUUGACGGUUCCGUAAUACAACAUGGCCCCGGUGGACCGAAAACCCCUGCGGGGGUGUCGAGGAACAAGUCAGAGCGAGAGAGGAAGAUCGGACACAGAAGAGUUGGAGUGGGAGGUGAAAUCACGUACAAAAAGAUCCAAACGACACAAAUCAUGGGAUCCAUACAAUUGGGGAUACAGCAUGCUGUCGGUGGUUUGGCGAGCAAACCGGAACGUGAUUUGUUGAUGCAAGAUUUCAUGACCGUAGAGACGACGAAUUUUCCGAGCGAGGGAUCAAACCAUACUCCUGCUCAUCAUUUCUCCGAGUUUAAGUUCAAGAAUUACGCACCCAUUGCAUUUCGUUACUUCCGAGAUCUCUUUGGCAUUCAACCUGACGACUUUUUAAUGUCGAUGUGUAGCGCUCCGUUGCGCGAAUUAUCGAACCCCGGAGCUAGUGGAAGUAUCUUUUAUCUAACAGAUGAUGAUGAGUUUAUCAUAAAGACUGUACAACACAAGGAAGGAGAGUUUCUGCAAACGCUUCUUCCGGGAUAUUACAUGAAUUUAAAUCAAAAUCCAAGAACGUUAUUGCCAAAGUUCUUCGGGUUGUAUUGCUAUCGGUGUAAUAGUAAAAAUGUUAGAUUAGUCGCCAUGAAUAAUCUUCUGCCGUCGGCGGUGAAACUUCAUCAGAAAUAUGAUUUGAAAGGAUCGACGUAUAAAAGAAAGGCAUCAAAAUCAGAGAGAUCCAAAUCCUCUCCGACGUAUAAGGAUUUGGAUUUCAUGGAGCACCAUCCGGAAGGGAUCUUUUUGGAAGCGGAUACUUACAACGCGUUGGUUAAAACUAUACAGAGAGAUUGUCGGGUGUUGGAAAGCUUUAAAAUCAUGGAUUAUUCGUUGCUCGUUGGUAUUCACAACCUUGAUCAGGCUGCGAGAGAAAAAGCGCAGGAACAGAGAUUAUCGGCGAGCGCGGAAGAAGAAGUUGGUGAAGUUGGAGGUGAGAGUGCGGGAUUCAUUCAGGCUGAAAGAGAGCGUGACAGAGAGGACAGAAUAGGAGCCAGUGCUUUGAAUCGAUCACGAAGCAUAAACCGACAAAGGUUGGUUGCGCACAGUACCGCUAUGGAGAGUAUUCAGGCUGAAAGCGAGCCGAUAGACGAGGAGGACGAUGUACCCAGUCCAGGUGGUAUUCCUGCUCGCAACGCUCGCGGUGAACGCCUGUUACUCUUCCUUGGUAUCAUUGAUAUUUUGCAAAGUUACAGGCUCAAGAAAAAGCUCGAGCAUACAUGGAAAUCAAUGAUACACGAUGGUGACACCGUGUCAGUGCAUCGGCCAGGUUUUUACGCGCAGCGUUUUCAAGAUUUCAUGGCUAAGACAGUAUUCAAGAAGAUACCGUCACUGGACCUGCCUGAGAUUAAGGGGAAUCAUCGCAAAUUCCGUAACCUCGUCACCAGCUACAUAGCGUUGAAACAUUCCCCGUCGAAGAGGAAAAGCAUAACCAGGCCGCUUAGGCCCCUCGAUGGAGACUUCGAUUCUACCGCGGUGCCGACAACCGGAACUUCGACAAUGCAUGCUACGUCACCCACGAAGGCUGUGAGCCCGACAGACCCUGCGAUCAGCACGAGCAGCACCGUGAUGUCGACCAGUUCCGCGCCGAUCGCCACUUCUACCCCGGUUAACUUCGCCGCUGGCACGGUGAGCCCACCUCCGUUGACCUUGGCCGCCGUUCCGGCUCCUCCUCAUCAAGAGCAACCAGUCCAGCCGACCCCGACGGCCAAGGUCACAACAUAUCCAGCCGUCCUGAAGGGCCGAACAGCCGCCAGUCCACCGAUUCCGAAUCUAGUACCCUCCGGCAAGAUUCCGCCCCCUGUUCCACCGAGAGGCACCGGUCAAUCGAGGACCACGAGGUCCUCCGAGGAACACCGUGGCCCCGGAACAACGGCCACCCUAUCGACGUCCUCGAUCACAUCCAGCCGAGGUGGCACCCUUCCUUCCACCUGUUCCACCCCGCCCCCGCCCUUUGACGAUGCAGUGCGCUCAAACGACCAAACUCUGGCUUCCGGUGGUCAUCUUCAACACGGUGCUAUGGCCACCGUCUUAACGAGUAGCCUGAGCACCCCUCAGUCCAAGCAGAACAGGGUCCCUCACCACGUCACUCUUACGAAGACUUAUCACGACGCUGUGAGCAUAUCCGACGUCCACUUAGAAAGCAGUGGUAGCGGAAGCGGCAGCGGUGGUAGGGAAACAAAGUCGUCGUUGAGCGUCGAAAGUGGCGGAAGUAGUCGAGGUGGGGGUGGUUUGACAUGGACACCACCGGCGGGCAGCGCGGAAGGUUCGACGCCCACCUGGACAGAGGGAACUCCGUCCUUUACCGAAAGCUCCAGCAGCGGUGACGCAGGUUGCCCGACGACACCGAUCAGGGGUAGCCAACGUCACGACGACGGAGGGAGGAUCGCGGCCACCGUGGAAGAGGCGUUAGCCAGUCUCACCACCGAAAUGACCCACCUGUAGUCAAGCGAAACGAAGAUAAUUGUAUACAAAGAAAAAAGUACGAAACGAAAAUUUGUGUGCACGAGAGAGAGAAAGAGAGAGUUGACUGCGGAGCCUGUGAACCCUUGCAGUUGGCGCAUUUAGAAACCCUUCCACCCCCUCGGAAUUUACGUGAAAAUUCAUUAGGACGUUGAUGUAAGUUCAACAGACAUAGGCAUAUAAGCGAACGCGCGUUAUUGGCGUAUUUAUAGGGUGUUCCGAAAAUAUCUCACGCGGCCUCCCACUGUCUUCUCAUCGUUCAGAAUUUUCCAUUUGAAAAAAGAGAGGGAAUUAUUUUAAUUUUAACUUUAUUUUCUCCUAUUUUAUUAUAGCAUUUUCAAUUAUAAAAUUAGAUUUUUUUCUUAACAGAAAUAUUAUAAAGUGAUAUUAUUGGAACACCUUAUAUUAACAAAUAACAGGUCGAAUCGAGACGACCAUUUAAUUAAUAUCCGUCGCUUUCCCCCGGACAUUUUCAAUUUUUCUUCCGGAAAAAUUAAGAAAGUGAUCGUGGAAAGCGAUCGAAUCGUCUCGAAUCGAUGCUAGACAAUUUAAUUAUUUAUUUUUCUAUUAUUUCUCUGCCGUGCACCGCCAGGAAUGUUCAGUUUCCCUUCGUGGGAUUCUGAUUCUGUCUCGAACAUAAGCAACGCUUGGUAAACGCAUGAUAUUUCUAAGACUGUUUCUCCGGAGAAACCGCGUACGUAUAUUCUUCUUUUUCAUAAUUUCGCGUAUCGUGAAAUCUCGCAGCGAAACUCGUCGAUACGUUUACCAAUAGGCAUCAUCGCCUUGAAUUCUCUUCUUUUUUUUAUUAUUUUUCCCGUCCUUAACGCAUUAUUGCUAUUCACUUCUUAGCUAUGCGUGUACAAUGUACACUUUGUACACUUAUUAGAACAUUAAUAUCAUGUCAGCAUGUUCAAUUCGUUUCCAAUCGUCCAAUCAAAGAAUUCUGCAUGCUUGUUCGAUUUAAAAACGUGGGUCUUUAUUAAAAAUUUCUUUUUCAUCUGAUUAGCAUAAUAAUCGUGGAUUAUUGACAAAUGAAAUUAUUUGAAUUAAGAACAUAAAUCAAAUUAUUCUAAAUAAUUUUUUUCUCGUGGAAGAAAUAGAAGAUAUUUCGUUUAGUUUAAUUUUAAUCCGAGCCAUUGAUUCUAAUGAACUUUAACGCGUCUAAUGCUGAGGACUCUAAAAUUUAUCAAAUAAUUUAAAAGAAAACUGUAGCUCUUGAAAUUGAAACUUUUGUCUCGCUUUUACAUGGAAUAAUAGAGAAUGGUAUUCGACGCGUUAAAUGGCUGCUGGAUCGAAACGAUCUGUAGAAAAUAUCGCGAAAUAAAGGGUGAAAUUUCGUUUGGUGAAACAUCGCGAAGUAUCGAUGUGGCUCGUAAUCGAGAUGAAAUCGCGAUCAACGUCAAUUUGCGAGAACUCGCUGCACUUGAACUCAUUCAAGUGACUCUCGCGACGUUCGCAGGAUUGUGUAUCACUGCUGUAUAUAUUUAUCAAAUGAUAUUACGUGCAUGUAUAAAAAAAAUUAAAAAAUCAAUAUAGAGUGUGAGUCAUACAGUUGAGACAGUCUCUUACUCCAAUUUCGUUGAGAAUUAAACAAACAAAAUGAUCAAGAAAAUUGAGUCCAUCAUUUUUUCUCCAAGGGUGCAAUAAAUUAAACAGAUGCAAAUUAAUAUCACUGCAUCAUUGCAAUUUUAAAGAAAAUCGAUGCAUAGAAAAUGCAACAUCCAAUACAAGAGGUUGCACUUUUUCGUUGCAUCGUUGCACUUUUAAAGAAUGCAACUUGCAUCAUUCUUUUUUCGAAUUUUCAACGAAAUAAGAGUUGCAACUCGUUUCAAUUGUACGAUUCACCUUGUGUACAUGUGUAUGUAUGUUCAUACAUAUAUAUAUAAUAUAUUAUAUAUAAAUCUGUACACAUAUGUAGAUGUCGGACUUCAUCGUGUACACCAAUGCAUUUAUAUCGCACGCUCGAUCGUGCACCAAUUGCAUUUCCUUCGGGAUUCCACUCUGGAUUCCGAUACCUCAUGUUGCUCGCACGAUCGCAGCGAUGUACGAUAAGGGUGAAUAAAUUAUUGUUGCGUUCUAUUUAUUUAUCGCAGGACGAUCGUCCGAAAUCGCGUGUCUGUUUCUCGAAAGAUUUAGCUCUGCUCUUUGGAGCAGAUCUUCCUGGCAAUAAUUGUUGUAAUAAUAAAGUUUGCAAACACGAUUUCUCGACUGAAUCACAUCCAAUCCUCCAUCGUAUAAUAACAAAGGGUAAAUAGUAAGUCAUGUAUAUUAAUAAAUAAUGGAAGAUUCGUUUGUUUAAUAGA